GGUAGAGGUGUAAAACAUAGAGACCGAGGGUUACGGCUGAGCUCGCGCGUGUCAGUUACUAUCCGUUAGUUUACAGAUCAGUGAACUGCGCAGGCGUCCUCGUUACGUUUUUUUGUUUUUUUUGCAGCGAAAGAAGAGGGAAAGCCACGCGCACCAUGGACGCAGAGUGUGUGUCGCUGCUGCCCGGUGUGUGCGAGGUGCUGGCGGCCUCGGGGAGGUCUCUGCCCGAUGACACCAGCCUGGAGAAACUGUUGGACUGGUUCACAGGGCUCACCGAGGCCGGUGGAUCUCUGCUGGACGCCUGCCCCUGUCUGCUUGACUUCAUAUCCACUGUGGUCCACAACACGGCUUCGGACCCCGGUGUCCUCUCCUUCACCCUCAGACUCACCGGCUUGACGGCUGCCACUGAGGACGGCUUCCAAAGGCUCCAGGAACGCUCGGUUCUGAACCAGGUCUUCCACCGUCAGCGCUGGCAAGAAGCUGGACUCUGGGAGGAUCCCUGUUUCCGAAUCGGCUGGAUCCAGGGCUUACGGAGCAUGCUGCGGCACCCGAAGGCUCUCGGCUUCUUUGUGCAAUCAGAUUUCAUUGACCCGCUCCUUCAACUCCAGACAGACGCGAGUCUGUUCGUUGCGUCUGCCGCCAAUCAAAUGCUCGCCCACAUCCUGCUCUUCUUUCAGCCCGCCUCGUCUCCGGGAUGCAACGGCGCAGAUGAGAAAGAAGAAGAUGGCGACGGGAGGACGCGCACCACCAGCGCAGAGUACACGUCUGCCGUCGCGGCGAUCUCGGAGUACCUCAAGGCGUCGCUGGUUCCCCAAAAAUACACAAAGCUCCGUCAGAGUCUGCAGAUCCUCAAACUGCUGGCGCUGCUCCUGGCCCGGGCCGGGCCUCCUCUCUGGGACAAGCUGCUGCAGACAGUCGCGGACUCUCUGGAGGAACUGGUGACGGCCGGCUGCGGUCAGCUCACGCUGCCUCUGAUGGACGUCAUUCUGGCUGCAUGCAGCCGCUCCGGCGCUGACGAGCGCGUCCUGGACCAACACGUCCUGGACCAACGCGUCCCGGACCAACGCGUCCCGGACCAGCGCCUCAGCCGUCUUCUGUCGUCCAUGUUGAACGUUGACGAACCCGCUGACCUCGUUCACGCCGCAGCGGCUUUUCUUCGCCGGGGUCACCACAGUGACAUUGUCCACACAGCCCGGGCCGUGAGAAUACUUCUGUUGCCCCUCCACAUCGUGACGGGUCAAAGUCUGCUGGGCACAAACACCACUGCAGACGAGCGUCAGUCUUCAAUGGUGGAGCAGCUGAAGUGUAAAAGCUCCUGCAUCUCUGUGAUCUGUGUCUGUCUGACAAACACACCGCAGAUCACACUCACGCCUUCCGACAGCCUCCCCUGUCCUCCACAGUUAAUUGUCAUUGCAGUUCUGUCAUUGUUAAGGAUCUGCAGCGGCUCCUCCUCCUCCUCCUCCUCUUCCUCCUCCUCCUCCUCCUCCUCGCCCACUGGCUGCAGUGAGGUUUGCAGGAACGUAAUCGGCUCUGGCAAAGUUCAGAAAUGUGCCCUGGAGGCUCUGACGGCUCUCAGCAGCAGCCCAGGAGCAAAGGAUGCCAUCAGUGAAGUGUUCACAGUUCUGAUGCAAUAUCUGGACAAUCCUGAUUCUGAUGCCACGGUACUCCACAAGUCCUACCAGGCCUUAGUGAAAUGGAUGAGUGUGUCCCCAGACCUGUCCGUCGUAACAGACCCGCUCCGACGAGGUCUCGAGGAGGUCGUGAAGAAGCGCGUGUGUGACAUGCGCUGGGAGGUGAGGGACUCCACGGUGGAGUUUCUGGGACACCUGGCAGGUGUUCCAGUAACUGGGACACCCGCUCUGCUGGGCGUCCGCUGUACCACCCCCCUCCUGAAGGAGGCACUCCAGGAUACGGAGAGCUACGUGAGAGCCAGCGCCAUCUCUGCACUGGCAAAGACACUGACGCACAGCUGGCAGCAGGGGGCAGCGCUGAGUCAGGAGGAGACUGAAAUAGUGAGCCGGCUGCUUGAGAUCCUCUCCCAGGACACGGAGGGGUUCCCCAGGAGGGCCGUCGUACGGUACUUCAUCUCCUGGUUCUCUUUGCGCUCCUCGUCUUCGUCCUCCUCGUCUUCGUCCUCCUCCGCCUCGCUCCUCACACAGUGCGUGCGCUCCGUCCUCUCACAGGGCAGCGCCGAUCUGGACUGGGAGGUCAAAGUUCACACGCUGGAGCUGGCCGAGCUGCUGCUGGACGAAGCCUUUUCGGGUCACCGGGGUUACGGGAAGGAUGGCGCGGCCUCCGACCGGACCUGCACCCCUCCCACGCACGCGGAGGGCGCAGAGUCCCAAUUGGCCGGCGUGGUCGAGCUGGGUGUCAUCUCGGCGCUGCUGAGUGGUCUGGUUGACUGCGACAGACCCGUGGGUCUGAGGGCCUGCCGCCUGCUGGUGACACUCAGAGACGCGGUCUGCCCUCCGUCGCCGGACGCCACCGCCGCCGCCGUGGCAACGGUGUCCUGUGAACUGCCCGGCUGGGGCUGGGGGCAGGAGGUCAGAAAGACACUGGGGAUGAAGGGGAGCGACAUCGCAGCAGAGGAGAGUAUCGGAGGAGGAGGAGGAGUCAACGAGGGUGGAGACGGUGCGAGCGUGCAUGUGAGUGUGUGUGAGGCGUUGACGUCUCUGGGUUUGGACGAGAGGCUGAAGGUCCUCACUCGAAGCAGCGACCACGUCCACAACUCCCCCCUCUCUCUGCUGCAGGACAUCCUGACCGCGAGCGCCGCUCACACUCACCCAGACACACAGCCGGGGCAAGAGGUCAUCGUGGACUGCUACUGACACACACACACACACACACUCGGCCUUAUGUUGGUUUAUCAGCAGUGAACAACACACUCAGGGUACUUUGGUGAUAUUUUAGCUUCUUAAGUAAAUGUGAAUUUCUUUUUUUUUUUUACACAUUUAAUAUUGUAAUUUCAUUAAAUCCCAAGCAGGAAA